AAUGACUGUUUAUUUCAGAGCUCCAAAGAGAACCAUGGACAAGGUUGAAUAUACAGCUGUACCAGUGGAUGAUAAUGAAGUGUCCCUGAAACAGACAGUUAAUUAUGAUUCACCUUUUAGAUACGAAUCAGCAUUUGAUUAUCGCUCAGUUGCCAAGUUUAAUAAAGCUUCUUUUCCAUCAAAAUCCUAUUUUACAUUUUCCAAGCAAGCAAACCAUGCACAAGAAAAUGCUGCCGCGGACGCCGACUGUCUGACGCGGCUCGUCUCCGGCCUGCUGCUGUUCGUCGUAUUCUCACUGACGGUGCUCACGCUGCCCGUGAGCGGCUGGUGGACGGUGCGCCGGCUCUCGCAGUGGCAGCGGCUGGUGGUGUUCCGUCUGGGGAAGGUGCUGCCGGCGCGCGGGCCCGGCUGGGCGCUGGUGCUGCCUGGUAUUGACACCACGCAGGUGGUGGAUCUGCGCAACAGAAGCAUCCUGGUCCCGCCGCAGCAGGUACGGGACAGUAGCAGCCUGGUGCCGCUGCAGCAGCUGCUAACGAGUGACGGCGCGGUGGCCGAGCUUGGUGCCGAGGUGCUGUACCGGGUCUGUGACGCGCACACGUUCGUCGGCUCCUGUGUGGACCCGCAGGCCUCGCUGCGGUCGCUGUGUCGCAGUGUUCUGGUCAAUACACUGGCCUCUCAGGAGUUGGCCGCGAUAACUAGGAAGGCCCCGGAGACGGAGGAAGCCGUCCUUCUCUCCAUCAAUAGCACCCUGAAAGACUGGGGCAUGGAGGCAUCAUCAGUCAAAUU